GGUUCACCUCCCAGAGCAGAGAUAUAUAUUUUGGCAAUUUCGCACGACCUUGUCAAUUAUGCUGAGGCAAUGGAGCCACGUUUAGCCUCUCUUUCAGAACCGCCUCCUACAACACAUAUUUUAGUUCUGACUUCUCUUGAUCAUCUGUCUCCUUGCCUCGAGGAACUUCAGAGUGCCGAAGUUCCCUUUGCCGUGAUUGUGGAUGAGGCCAAUUGGAUUCAUAAUUCCUGCACAAUUCUGAUCCUGAAGUCAAAUUUACAACAAGAACAUAGGAAUAUGCCCUUUGAAAGUGCACUCUUACUGCUCAAACGUGAAUACUCUGAGUUUAAGCUCUGGCAGCGUUCUGGCAAGGCCGUGGAGGUUUCCAAUCGCUCCGUUACCAAAGUCUCAGCCAAAUUUACAAAUCUCAAUCGAUCCAAAUCGACUGUAGCUCCUCUUAUUAAACCCUCAUGUCCUCCAUUAAAACCUGUGAUCAUCUCUAUCCCUGUUACUGCACCGACUGUUCCCUCUGCAUCAGCGCCUAUACCUGUGCCUACCGGAGCUCCAUUUCAGCAGCCACAGGCACCUCCACUUGUUCCGAUUCCCACAUAUUUUGCCCCAAAACCUUAUGGACUGCCGACCACUGUAUCUGCGACCGCACCUAUCCAGGUGAAGUUUAAUUUUUCUCCGAAAAGGCCACUGAAUAGAAUAGUAAUCGAGCUUUUAUAG